AUCCAUUCCCCCACCUCCACAUCAAGACGCACUGGGGAAAGUCAGCAGGAAUAGAGACAGACUAUCUAUUUUAGAGUCACAGCGAUCCUACACCGCUUCCUUUACUGUUCUUAAUGUAUGAGUAUUCAACCUGCGAAGGAGGGAGUCCGUGUGUCGCUGUGUGUGUGUGUGUGUGUGUGUGUCUGUGUGUCCGGACAACGAAAGGUCUCUCUCGCGCGCGCGCGCGCGCCCAGCAGCAGGUCCAAGACCACGACCCCAAGACCCGGACCAGACCAGACCCGACUAGACUAGAAAAGAAACAAGAACCCGGAAAGCCGCCAACCCGUAAGAUUCAUAAUGAAGCAAGCCUGCAGGACCCGAACUAAACGCGGCCGACUGGCUGAAAUUCCCAUCUUCCGCAGAAGGGGCAAAAAAAAAAAAA